GCGGGAUGGAUGUUUGGGAACAGGGAGGUCAUUAGAAAGUGAAGCUGCUCGCUGUAUGUCGGUGCGAUAAUAACAGCGUGACCGGAUUUAUUAUCACAACUUUCUCCUCUCUAAAUUCUUCACAGCUGCUGGGGUAAAAAUGCUGCGGAUCGCGCUCAGACUCAGGCCGGCUGUCAGGGUGAACCGGCCCGGUGUCCUCUCAUCAGGCCCCGGCGCUAGCGUCCGUCCCAGAGCGUACCACAGCACGGGAUCAUGCCGGGCUCGGACUCUGUGUUUCGGCAGAACUGUUCACUGCGGGCCCGUCAGCAGCAGGAGCCGGUUUAUCCAGGCCCAGUGUCGGGCUGUCAGUCAGAGCAGCCGGGUGUGCAGCAGCCUGCCGCCUCACCAGAAGGUACCGCUCCCUGCUUUGUCUCCCACCAUGCAGCUGGGCACCAUCGCGCGCUGGGAGAAGAAGGAGGGGGAUAAAAUUAACGAAGGGGACCUGAUCGCUGAGGUGGAGACAGAUAAAGCCACUGUAGGAUUUGAGAUGUUGGAGGAGUGCUAUCUUGCCAGGAUCUUGGUACCAGAGGGUACAAGAGAUAUUCCCAUCGGUUCAGUCAUUUGUAUUACUGUUGACAGCCCUGACCUCAUCCCUGCGUUUAAGGACUUGUCUCUAGACAAACUAGCUGCUUCAGCUCCGUCAGUGGCGGCGGCAGCAGCUCCUCCACCACCAGCAGCCACCGCUGCUCCUUCUCCUCCACAGGCUCCCGGCAGCUCCUACCCAUCACACAUGAAGAUCCUUUUACCAGCUCUGUCCCCGACCAUGACUGUGGGAACUGUACAGCGCUGGGAGAAGAAAGUGGGAGAGAAAUUAAGCGAGGGUGACCUGCUUGCUGAAAUUGAGACCGAUAAGGCCACAAUAGGUUUUGAGGUACAGGAGGAGGGAUACCUGGCUAAGGUCUUGAUCCCAGAGGGAACCAGAGACGUCCCGCUCGGCACGCCGCUCUGUAUCAUGGUGGAGAAAGAGUCCGACAUUCAAGCCUUCUCUGACUAUGUAGAGACCGGUGCCAUCCCACCUCCUGCUCCGGCUCCGGCCCCAGCAGCGGUGGCAUCUCCCCCUGUAGCCUCUGCUGCUGCUGCUCCUCCCGCCGCUGCCAGGAAGGGCAGGGUGUUUGCCAGCCCUCUGGCCAAGAAACUGGCUUCUGAGAAGGGCAUCGACCUCGCACAGGUCGCUGGCACUGGUCCAGACGGCCGAGUGACCAAGAAAGACAUCGAGAACUUUGUUCCUGCCAAAGCUGCUCCUACUCCAGUCGCUCCAGCAGCACCCGGUCUUGCCCGUGCCCCAGCAGCAGCUCCUGCUGUAGCCGCAGUACCCACUGGCACUUUCACCGACAUCCCUAUUAGCAACAUCCGCAAAGUGAUAGCUCAGAGGCUGAUGCAGUCCAAGCAGACUAUUCCUCACUACUACUUGUCUGUGGAUAUAAACAUGGACCAAGUUCUGGAGCUCAGGAAAGAACUCAACGAGGAGGUUAAGAAGGACAACAUCAAGCUGUCAGUGAAUGACUUUGUCAUCAAGGCCUCAGCGCUCGCAUGUUUAAAGGUUCCAGAGGCCAACUCCUCCUGGAUGGACACUGUAAUCCGACAAAAUCAUGUGGUGGAUGUUAGUGUAGCAGUCAGCACACCUAACGGUCUGAUCACUCCAAUUGUAUUUAAUGCUCAUAUCAAAGGCCUGUCAGCCAUCAGCAAAGAUAUAAACACACUGGCAGCUAAAGCGCGGGAGGGCAAACUGCAGCCACACGAGUUCCAGGGUGGCACAUUCACAGUCUCUAAUCUAGGAAUGUUUGGCAUCAAGAACUUCUCUGCCAUCAUCAAUCCUCCUCAGGCAUGCAUCUUGGCAGUGGGGGGCUCUGAGAACAGGCUGCUGCCUGCAGACAAUGAGAAGGGCUUCGAUGUGGCCAGCAUGAUGUCGGUGACCCUGAGCUGUGAUCACCGGGUGGUGGAUGGUGCCGUAGGGGCGCAGUGGCUUGCAGAGUUCCGCAAGUUCCUAGAGAAACCUGUUACGAUGCUGCUUUGAGCUGCUGUCAAGCCAAAACCCAGGACACUUUAGAUCUGAGAGGAUCUCUCAAAUAUAACAUGCUCUAAAUUGUAUCUGGCCUUUUUCUUCUGCCUGUCGUUUCCCCGUAACCGUCACUGUACACGCCCAUGAGUACUGUAUUCAGACAGAUGUGACAUGUCAGAGCCUGGAACUGCCCAAUCUGUCAACCCAGAGUUUCUUGUUAGGUCAGGUUGUAAAGUCUAACAGUAGGUAGAUUGAAUGAAACUGGGGAUUUUAUUUUGUUUUUUGUCUGAAAAUUGUUACAAGCACCACCAGUUUGUGUGUUAUUUUAAAGCGUAUCUGUAAGAUGGUAUAUUGGGAAAUGUUUGGCAGAGAAAAUGAGCACCAAGCUCCCGAGGAAAACAUAAUUAAAUAAAUAAAUAAAUACUCUGGCCAUGUAUGUGCCAAAUAUGUAUAAAGUAAAUAUUCUAUAUUAGUUAUUUUAAAUGCUGUAUGAAUUUGACAGAAAUCACAUCACAGUCCUUUCUAUAAACAUUUGUACCUUGUUGAUAGCUCUGGGGUUGGUGUAUACGCACUGUGGUUUCCUCUCUGGGCAAAGUGUUGACCUGAAUUCUCAUGACGUUUAAAUGCUGACUUGCCUUUAUUUAUAUCGUUCACUCCAGACAAGGCACACGCGUGUCUUCGCUCUGUUCUUUUGCCUGUCAAAUAUAGUCCCUUUUUUCUUUCUUUUUCUGAUGCGGCAACAUUUUCACGUUUAUUUUUCUGUACUCGAACGCACAAGCACACAAAAGCCGACGAAUAAAACAAAGUCUGUUCCCCAAACUGAAAUAUGAAAUAUGUACGAAUUAUUGACAUUUUAGGGGAAACAAACCCUUUAAUUACCUUUAUCAGGGUUGGCCACAGUUAAUAAAUGUGUGUGUGUGUGGCUAAGACUUAAGCCAAAUGUGGGUCAAACUCAACAUGAUUAAGGGAAAAUAAAACUGUUAUGUAUGCGAAAGCCGAAAAGAAUAAACAGUAACGAAAAUCUCAGUUUAAA